GUCACGCCCCCCGGGAGAGUUGAGACUGUGUGUGCUGUGGCGCUACGCGGAAGGCGCUUCGCGGACAACAUGUCUCAUCUACCGAUGAAACUCCUGCGCAAGAAGAUCGAGAAGCGCAACCUCAAACUGCGACAGCGGAACCUAAAGCUACAGGGGGCCUCGGCUGUGAGCCUAUCAGAAACUCAAAAUGGAGAUGUGUCUGAAGAAACAGUGAGAAGUGGAAAGGUUAAAAAAUCCCUAAAACAGUCUGUGAAUGUGGUCUCAUCAGAAGCCCAAAAUGGAGAUAUAGCUAAAGAAACAGUAGGAGGUGGGAAAGUUAAAAAAUCCCUAAAACAGUCUGUGAAUGUGGUCUCGUCAGAAGCCCAAAAUGGAGAUAUAUCUAAAGAAACAGUAGGAGGUGGGAAAGUUAAAAAAUCUCUAAAACAGUCUAUGAAUGUGGGCUUGUCAGAAGCCCAAAAUGGGAAUAUAUCUAAAGAAACAGUGGAAAAUGUAAAAGUUAAAAAAUCCAAGAAAUUGACCAUAAUAACCAAUGGCGAAGCAGCAACACAGUCUCCUAAUCCAGAAUCAAAGAAGAAAAAGAAGAAGAAGAAAAAGAGAAAAAUGGUGGAUGAUGCUGGGCCUGAUACCAAAAAAGCAAAAACUGAAGACAAAGAGGAGCGUGAAGAAGGUUCCCAGGCUUCUGGAGAAACAGAACACGGGGUGGAGAAGUCAGAUGACGAGGAAAAGGACAGCGAAGUGCCCAGCCUGCCCCUGGGAGUGACAGGAGCUUUUGAGGAUACUUCAUUUGCUUCUCUAUCGAAUCUUGUCAACGAGAACACUCUGAAGGCUAUAAAAGAAAUGGGCUUUACAAACAUGACUGAAAUUCAACAUAAAAGUAUCAGACCACUUCUGGAAGGCAGGGAUCUUCUAGCAGCUGCAAAAACAGGCAGUGGCAAAACCCUGGCAUUUCUUAUCCCUGCAAUUGAACUCAUUGUUAAGUUAAAGUUCAUGCCCAGGAAUGGCACAGGAGUUCUUAUUCUGUCACCUACUAGGGAACUGGCCAUGCAGACUUUCGGUGUUCUUAAAGAGCUGAUGACACACCAUGUUCACACAUACGGGUUAAUAAUGGGUGGCAGUAACAGAUCUGCUGAAGCACAGAAACUUGCUAAUGGGAUCAACAUCAUUGUGGCUACACCAGGCCGUCUCCUGGACCAUAUGCAGAAUACUCCAGGGUUUAUGUAUAAAAACCUACAGUGUCUGGUUAUUGAUGAGGCUGAUCGUAUCUUGGAUGUUGGGUUUGAAGAGGAAUUAAAGCAAAUUAUUAAACUUCUGCCAAUACGCAGACAGACCAUGCUCUUUUCUGCCACACAAACUCGAAAAGUUGAAGACCUGGCAAGGAUUUCUCUGAAAAAGGAGCCAUUAUAUGUUGGCGUUGAUGAUGAUAAAGCUAAUGCAACAGUGGAUGGUCUUGAGCAGGGAUAUGUUGUGUGUCCUUCCGAAAAGAGAUUCCUCCUGCUCUUUACAUUCCUUAAGAAAAACCGGAAGAAGAAACUAAUGGUCUUCUUUUCAUCCUGUAAGUCCGUGAAAUACCACUACGAGCUGCUGAACUACAUCGAUUUGCGUGUCUUGGCCAUUCAUGGAAGGCAGAAGCAAAACAAGCGCACGACCACAUUCUUCCAGUUCUGCAAUGCGGACACAGGGAUAUUGUUGUGCACGGACGUGGCAGCUAGAGGGCUGGAUAUUCCCGAAGUCGACUGGAUUGUUCAGUAUGACCCUCCUGACGACCCCAAGGAAUACAUUCAUCGUGUGGGGAGAACAGCCAGAGGCCUAAACGGAAGAGGGCAUGCCUUGCUCAUUUUGCGCCCUGAAGAACUGGGUUUCCUUCGUUACUUGAAGCAAUCCAAGGUUCCAUUAAGUGAAUUCGAGUUUUCCUGGUCCAAAAUUUCUGAUAUUCAGUCUCAGCUUGAAAAAUUGAUUGAAAAGAACUACUUCCUUCAUAAGUCAGCCCAGGAAGCGUAUAAGUCAUACAUCCGAGCAUACGAUUCCCAUUCCCUGAAACAGAUCUUUAAUGUUAAUAACUUAAAUUUGCCGCAGGUUGCGCUGUCAUUUGGUUUCAAGGUGCCUCCUUUUGUUGAUCUGAAUGUGAACAGCAAUGAUGGCAAGCUUAGAAAGAGAGGAGGCGGCGGCGGGUUCGGCUACCAGAAACCCAGGAAAGUCGAGAAGUCCAAAAUCUUCAAACACAUCAGCAGGAAGUCAUCCGACAGCAGGCAGUUCUCUCACUGAAGACACCUUCCUUCAUCUGGAAGAGCUUUGUGCCGAGAUGGGUUUUUUUCCCCUUGCUCUAACAAAGGAAUUUUUGUGGCUCUAGGAUUCGGACUCACCUGACGAGUAUGAAUUGACUUGGGUUGAAAGCAUUGAAGAGUGAUAUUUCCAGCAAAUCUCUUAUUUUGGAAUAUAAAACAGGGUUCAGUUUUUCUUGAUUGCCCCAGGACAAAGCAGAGGGAUCUUUUUAGUCUUUGUUGUGAUGAUAGAAUACUUUAAAUCUUUUUCCCCCAUAUGUCAUUAUUUUGAUGUAAUUCUUUUUGUAUUUUUCUUCUUGGUGUCUGAAGAUUUUUGUGGCAUGUAUUGCUAUACCAGCCUGCUGUAAAAGGCUGAUACCCUGCAACACUGGACAGAAGGUUGUGGUGGUGGUGGUGGUGCAAGAAAUUGUCUCGGUUUAGUUUUUUGGUUUUGGUGGUUCUUUGGACCUUAAUGGUAGUUCUUGGCCCCUCCUGAAUAUGCUGCCAUGUAAAAAGGUGGAGAGCUUUUGGAAAGAAGCACCGUCAGCUAAAGGUGGCAUCGAUUUUUAUAUAUGCAAGGUUUUAAAACAAUGAGCCUUUCCCAGAUUUUAUUUGAAGAACAGAAAAUAAUGGAUUAUCGUUGUUAUUUGAAUAAAGUGCUCCUAGCAGUUCUGACUUUUGGGACAGAGGGAGAGUUGAGAUUUUUGAGCCUCGUUUAUACCAAUGUAGGUGUAAUCUGCUGUUCUUGUAGUAAUUUAGCAAAGACUUAAAAAUAGGCACAAAGAGUGGUGGAUGACACUCAAACUUUUUUGUUUCAGGUGGCUUGGAUUUUAGUGAGCCCUUUCAACUCUGCAGAGUACUUAGAAGGCAAAGGAUAUUUUUGAGAAAAAAAUGACCUCUUCUAGAUCCAUGAAACAAAUAGAUCUGCAAUUUUUGAGGGCUGUGACGAAGUCUGGGCAGGUGCCCCUGGAGCUGGAGCUGUCGUAUCCCUUCCUGUUCCCCUUCCAGUUGCAAUCGAUAAGGUCGUUUGUACUGUGUAAAAAAAAAAA